AUGGACCCCUCACCGAGCUCAACCUCCCGCGAGCUCAAGGAUACUCGCGCGACCAGCUCGACCAGCCUCAACAGUGCUGCUUCGGGCUCUUCGUCCACUCAUAAACCGCCUACUCUUUCUCAGCGAUCUCCUUCUGUAUCUAUAUCCGCUGGCUCUGGCCCAAGCUCCAUAUCCGCACACCGCGCAAGCUUCGCUGAGGGCUUGCGCAAUGCGCCCUCAUCACCACGCUCUCAACGGCACCCUUCUUUUACACAGGCCGCUCUCCAGGAGUUGCUGAACCAUCCUCCGGCAGGAAACAAGCAUGCUAACCCCAGAUUUGCCGGCCGCGAUUGGCGUGAUGUAGCUAUCGGAGAGCUUGUAUCUCCCGAUGAUAUUAAGUGGGUUGAGUUCGAUAGCAGCGUUGAAGAAGCUACAAAGCUCCUCCUCAAGAGCCCUACCAACGUUGUUCUGGUCCGUGAGGAUCCCUCCACCCAUAUCGCGGUCUCCACGUUCGAUUAUACCGAUCUGAACGCAUACCUACUUGUUGUCGUUGGUCUCGCCAAACCCGAAGAAGAUCAGGUUGAGCUAUUCAAUUCGAUUCUGGCCAAGGCCCAGGAAGGUGGCCAGAUUCCUUUACGAGACGUCUUCCCUCUUUUCCGCAAGGAAACACUCAUCACGUUGCCUGGUGACGAAAAGCUCGCACAGGCUAUUCAAAUCCUCGGCAGUGGCAUCCACCGUCUGUUGGUGACAACUACUAGUGGCGAGGUGGUUGGCAUCGCAAGUCAACUUCGAAUUGUCGAGUUUUUCUGGAACGAGGGUGUCAACUUUCCUUCAAUCGAUCGGCUUUACCCUGCUUUGCUACGUGAUCUGGGUGUUGGGGCCAAGGAGAUUGUUUCUGUCAAGUGA